AUGCUGCAGAGAGCGGCAAUCGGCUUUAGCAGCUCGGACCGCCGUCGUGUGGUGUAUAAGGCACCCAAAAACCUCUGCGCGCCAGCUCCUGUGUUUGCCCUGCGUCUGCACUCUCGUGCGACAGUGGCCUCUGUAGCGUGCCUUCGACUGCAGCGACAGUCUGGGGCAAAGCAGCAGCAGCAGUUGUUGGCGUGUGGCGGCGGAGUUUGUAGAUCGUAUUUGUAA